CCCUUAAGCCCUCGCGGGAAACCCUAAUUGCGCCGAUUGCGUGUCUUGUGCGAGUCCGAUUGUGUUCUUUCCCCCUUUUUUGAAUCCGUCCUCCGAGAUCUCUGCCUCUGUUCUGCUCCAGUCUCCGUUUAAUCUGCAGUGCUUUUGCUGUCUCUCUCUGUCUCUCGCGGUCGAUUGGUGCAUCGGGCUUUGUGGAAACCAUGAGCGAUCAGGGAGAAAAGACAUGCCCUCUCUGUGCUGAAGAGAUGGAUUUGACUGAUCAGCAGCUGAAGCCAUGCAAAUGUGGUUAUGAGUUAUGUGUAUGGUGCUGGCAUCACAUUAUGGAAAUGGCAGAGAAGGUUGAUACAGAGGGUCGUUGUCCGGCAUGUCGUGCUCCUUAUGACAAGGAAAAGAUUGUGGGAAUGGCUGCAAGCUGCGAGAGGUUGGUGGCUGAAGUUAAUAUGGAGAAAAGGAGCAAGUCACAGAAAGCAAAGACAAAAUCAUCAGAGGGGAGAAAGCAUCUCAGUAGUGUGCGUGUCAUUCAACGCAACCUGGUUUAUAUAGUUGGUUUGCCGCUUCACCUGGCUAACGAGGAUCUUCUCCUUCGGAGAGACUAUUUUGGUCAAUAUGGAAAGGUUCUUAAAGUAUCUAUGUCUCGGACAUCAGCUGGUGUUAUUCAGCAGUUUCCUAACAAUACUUGUAGUGUAUAUAUUACGUACUCAAAAGAGGAGGAAGCAAUUCGUUGUAUUCAAUCUGUACAUGGCUUUGUCUUGGAGGGUAGACCAUUAAGGGUGUGCUUUGGGACCACAAAGUAUUGUCAUGCAUGGCUAAGAAAUGUGCCUUGCACCAACCCAGAUUGCUUGUAUUUGCAUGAAGUUGGUUCUCAAGAGGAUAGCUUUACAAAGGAUGAAAUAAUCUCAGCCUACACGAGGAGCAGAGUUCAGCAAAUCACUGGUAAUGCAAGCACACUGCAAAGGCGUUCAGGCAAUGUGUUGCCACCACCUGUUGAUGAUUUUUGUACUAACAGCUCUGGUUCCACAGGAAAACCUAUUAUGAAAACUGCCCCAAUUACUACAGCGAGCGUUCUCAAAGGUUCUCCUCCAAAUGGAAGUAAUGCCAGACCAAUAGCUCUCCCUGCUGCAGCCUCAUGGGGUACGCGUGCUUCCAGUUUCCAAUCUUCUGUUCCUAUUUCAGUUAGUUUAGGUGGACCUAUGUUGAAAUCGGAGCCUGUGGAAAGGACACAUGGAUCUUCCGCAGCACUUGAAAGCACUGAUCAGGCACCUGUGUCUCAUAGUUAUUCAAUAAAAAAGACAUCAUUGGUUGAAGGGAUUCAGUCAAUAUCUGCAAAGAGCUUAACAGAUCCAAUGAAUACUCUGAAGCAGCUUACUGACCUUCCUCCAUCCAAUAGUUAUGUUGCAUCAGAUGGAGCUCUUUGUGGUUCAGCAUUAAGCAGCCGCUUAUCAUGCCUGUCACCUAGCAAGGACGACAAUGGCAGUACUAAUGCGCUUCCAAGAGUAAAGAGUUCCUUAGACAAUGCAAGAGUGUCACUCACUCUAGACCCACAGACAGGAGGAAAUAUUGGAAAUGGAGAUAUUCCAGUUUUAUGUGCUGAUAUUUCUUCGAUGAAAAUCACCAACCACUUUGAACACGAGUCAUCGAGGGUUGUAGGACCAAAAUCACCGGAUCCACUUCAGACUGGAUCACCUAGGAAUCAAGGGUCGGAAGAAGAAUUAUACUUAGAGGAAUUUGGAGAAAAGGGAGGGAAUAAAACUGUCCCACCUAAUCUUUGGUUGGAUGUUUCUUCUGACCAGUGUCCCCAGAAUUUAGUGUUGCAAAAUCAAGUGCCUAGUGCUUUAGCUGAGGUUGUUGAAGAUGAUAUACGAACCUUUGAUAAUCAAAGACUAAGAGAUCCUGAAGUUGGGCAACACUCCUUUUGUUCAUCUAGUCCGAAUCACUCGAGAUCUCAUUCGUAUAUACCCAGCGAGGUGUUUGGCAUGAGGAGUUCAAAUGCUGACCCCGUGCCUGUAAAUAAUACCUUAAAUGGCCACCAUUCUCUACUUGCAUCAUGUAGUUCUACAAUGUCUAAUGGUUACCAUGAUAGCUUCGCCAGUGAGACUGCUGAUUCUAAUGGAGUUGCUGCAAGUUUCAUUGUAUAUCCAAAAGAGGUGACAGGAAGGCAGAUGGUAGAUAAUUCUGCCAUUGCUGGUGCUGGUGCUUCCUCGGAUACCGGAGAGAGCAGCAUAAUCUCAAAUAUACUGUCCCUGGACUCUGAUGCUUGGGAUGAUUCAUUGACCUCGCCGCAUUAUCUGGCGAAACUGUUGGGAGAGACUGAUGAACAGCCAGGUUCUAUGAAAACAUUGACUUCCAGGAAGGUUUCCAAUAGCAAUCAAUCCCGGUUUUCUUUUGCUAGACAGGAGGAGAGUCAAGCAUUUGACUUUGAGCCACCUCAUGGUGUUCCUGGCCAACUGUCAGGGAAUGGAUUGCUCCACAAGGAUGGUGAAAAUAGAGAGUCUUUCUCUAAUAGGAUUGGGAUGUCUAAUGGUUUUCACCCCCAAAGUCUUGUUGAUGCUGACAAUUUUUCUGGUAGUCAGUCUCUUAUGGCUUCUGGCAAAAGUUCUGCAGUUUCAAGGUCUCAAAUGUUGGCCCCUCCGGGUUUCUCAGCACCCAGUAAGGCACCACCUCCAGGGUUUUCUUCUCGGGAAAGAAUGGACCAUUCUUUUGACUCACUGUCUCGGAAUCAGUUACUGGAUACAACCUCUUGGUUGAGUAAUUUACAUCAACCACCAUCAGCUGGAAACAUUGGCAACACAGUGGAUAUUGAGUUCAUGGAUCCUGCUAUAUUAGCCGUUGGCAAAGGGAGACAUCAGAAUGGGCUCAAUAACCUGAGCUAUGAUGUUAAACCUUUCCCUCAGUCAAAUGCUUUCGAGGGUGAUUCUAGACUUCAUUCACUGAUGCAGGGAUCUCUCUCUCCACACCAGAACCUGGCAUAUGUUGCGGGGGAUAAUUACUCUAAUCUCAAUGGUACAUAUGGUCUUCCUUCUAGAAUUUUGGACAGAUCACAAGUAGGUGGCACACCUCCUUUUUCCCCGUCAACUCUCCAACAGGCUAGAAAUGGUCUAAGUACAAAUGUCCACUGGGAUGGAUGGAAUGAAAUCCAAAGUGGAGACAGCCUCGGCAUCUCUCAGCUCCUUAGAAAUGAAAGGGUUGGAUUAAAAAAAUUUUACGAUGGUUAUGAAGAUUCCAAGCUCUGGAUGUCUGGUUCAGGAGAUCUCUAUAACAGGAAUUUUGGGAUGUGAUGCUUUGUCAGAUGCAACAUCUUUCUUGGUUGGCUUGGAGAUGGAAAUUACUGUAGGUGGAAGUGACAGUGAUUUUGGAUGAUUCCAUGACAUUGAACUUUAGUGGACAGGACAGACUCAUGAAAGCUCUUGAUGGAGGCAAGCCUGUUGAGGAUCAACUCCCAAGUUAAUGGGGGUAUCCAAUGCAGCAGGUGUGCGGGUUUUGGGCCGAAUGUGGCAUCAUAGUUGGAAUAGUGAUUGCUUCCAGAUUCUGGCUGAUGCCCUUAAUGAGGGGUUCUGGUCCUGACAAAUAUGAAUGAAUCCAGUUGUCACUCUCGCUUGCUGAGAUCUUAAGCGAGUCCUUUUAUCGGUUAUAGGAUUUACGGUGUGAACAAAUAGAAAUGGACUCCUUAUUGAGCUUAUUGCAAUGACUUCCCUGUGAAUGUCAAAUAGCAUAUCUUCUGUAAGUACCCAAUAACCUCUUCUGGAGUUUUACA